CUCCUCAUUGCCCAACGUGCAGACGACAGUUUGCGAAUGGCCUCUUACGUAAUCACCGGCUUGGUCCUGGUGCCGCUGCUGGUCACCGCUCAGGGGCUGAAUGGAAUUUUGCCUAUUUCGCCAGUUGAUGUCGCUAUCAACAAUGUCACCAUCAUCGCUUCUACGCAAGUGGCAACAAGUCCAUUUCAGGUCUACUCGGAACCUUUCUUGACAAUUCUCGGCGCCAGCCCAAGCCUGACAGUCGUAUACAAUGCGACGUUCCCAGCGUUCCACGAAGCUGGCAUAGUCACUUCGCUGGAACCGCUGACCUUCUACAGCUCGUCCAAUCAGUUUGAUACUGCCUCUCUGUCGCCGGCUUCCAACAACAAGACGGUGGUGGUGUCCCGGACAACAUUUUCCAAUACCACAGGAUGGGCCUCGGAGAUCAUCAACAACAACACAGCGCCGCUAACACUGGCCAAUGGCGGAUUCCAGUUCCAAGAUGGCAUUCUCUGGGCAGCCCAGGGCAACCUAUCGAGCCCGGCCGGUGCAGCCUUGGUGUAUCUGCCAACCAAUCCUCCACCAAGCAAUACCACAGCAGCAACCUUGAUUCUGAACAACUACAUGGGUUCCCCGUUGAACUCACCCAACGAUAUUUUUGUCACACGGAAAGGCGCCGUCUACUUCACAGAUCCGCAGAUAGGCUUCAUCCAGAAUGUCCGUCCCAUUCCCACGAUGCCCAGCUUAGUCUAUGGCUUCGUCCCGGGCAGCACCGACAUCCGUGUCGUCGCAGAUGAUAUUGAGUUACCUAACGGAGUCACCUUCUCUCCCGACGAAAAUACUGUAUACAUCACGGAAGCAGGGGCCGCUGUGUCAUCCGAUAUUCUGCCCGCCGGCAAGUCCAUCUACGCCUUUGACGUUCGGUACAACUCGCCGAAUGACACCAUCGCGUCAUUCGUAAAUCGUCGCAUAUUUGCCGUUCCUUCGGCAGGAAUUGGCGAUGGCAUCCACUGCGAUACUAACGGCAACGUGUGGGUAGGAACGGGUGACGGAGUCGAUGUCUAUGGUGCUUCAGGCCGAUUACUGGGAAAGGUGCUUGUCGAGGGCGGGGUGGCUAAUUUCGGAUUUGCAAGUAAUGGACAAGUAUUACUCAUGGCCGAGAAUCUCCUCUAUUCGUUGCAGGUCGACGCCAGUGUACAGCCAGCUGUGGCGGUAGGGGAGAGGAGAGGGUAGGGGCACUGGGUCAAGGUUCUCCAGAUAUUAGUUUCAGUGUAAACAUUGAGUAGUAUAUUUUAAUUUGUAACUUACACAGCCUGCAUUCACAGU